AUGUUAUUCGGUACUAUACUAGCAACAUGGCAAAGUGGUCAAUGUAAUUUAUUGAGUACGACAAUUCUGCUUGGGAUAUUAAAUAGUUUUUCAAUAAUUGUUCGAAAUAUUUGUAUUCAACAUUUGACUGUUAAAAGUAAAGAUAUAUAUAUAACAACUAUUUUAUUUGGAAUAAGCACAUUAUUAUCAUUAAUAUUACUUCUCAUGAGUGAUUUCUCUUAUUUAUUGAUUUCAAAAUAUCGAAUCCUAUUGUUACUGGUAGGUUUGUGUAGUUUUAUUUAUAAUACAACAUCAAUAAUAGUGUGUAGUCAAGUAUCAUUAGUUACACAUAGUUUAAUAACAAUGUUAAAACGACCAAUAUUAAUUUUAGCAUCAACUAUUUAUUUUCGUUCUUAUAUAAGUUCAAUGAUGAUUACAGGCAACUUAAUUAUACUUCUUGGCAUUCUAUUUUAUAAAACGAAUUCAAUAAUUGUUUCACUUAUGUCACGUACGAAAUUAAAUAUUAUUAUUACUUUUAUUAUUAUUUUAAGUGCUAUUAUUAUAUAUAAUACAAGAGUUAUAGUUUCUUCAUUAUCUUUUUCAAAUCAUAAAAACUCAUUACGUGUUGACAAUGUCAAACUAAAUAAAGAUUUCCCAUUAUUCUAUUACAAACCCAAUAGUAUGAAUGAUAAUUUCGGCGAUAAAUUGUCUCACAUACUCGUACAAUCUAUUGUUAACUUUAAUCUUACAGUUGUCACAAAUUUUCGAGAAAAAUCGUUUUGUAAAAAGCCAAAAUUAUUAGCAAUUGGUAGUAUAAUUCAUUUUGCAUGUCCACAUGAUGUUAUAUGGGGUUCUGGUCUUCUAGAUUCUUCACAUUUUAUUCCUCGUUGGAAAUCCCUAUCAAACCUUACAAUUGAUAUAAGAGCUGUACGUGGUCCACGAACGAGACGCAUUCUUAUGUCAAAGUUUAAUCUGACUAUACCAGAAAUUUAUGGUGAUCCAGCAUUGUUAUUGCCUUAUUAUUUAACAUCAUUUAAGAGAUCUACAAAACCAAUAAUUCGAAGACUUCUCAUACUACAUUAUAGAGACGCUUCUGGAAAUAUUAGCAUCCCCGAAGUAAGUCGAGUAGUAACAGUGAGUGCAUUUUUACCAUGGAAAGAAUUGUUGAGUUUAAUUGUUCAAAGUCAAUUAGUAAUAUCAACAUCAUUACACGGAAUUAUUUUAGCAGAAGCUUUUGAAAUACCUGCUAGAUUAUUAAAAUCACCCCUUGUUGAUUUAUUCAAAUUUCAUGAUUACUAUGAAGGUACGAAUAGAACUCUUCGAUAUGCAACAACCAUUGCUAAAGCUAUUGCAAUGGGAGGAGAAAAUUCACCAAAAAUCAACUUGACAAAAUUGAUAAAUGCUUUUCCAUUCGACAAAUUUAAAGCUGAAUAA